AUGUCCCAAUUAUCAUUCGGUGCCAAGCCUCCACCUCCUGUUAGACACUUAGGAACGAGCAACAGUAGUAAUAACAUUGCACCAACAGGUACCAACAACAACAACAACAAUAAUAAUAGUGGACCACAAGGACAAGCAGCUCCAGGCAACUUGGCGACUUCAUCAUCAUUCAAUCAAGCAUUGAACAACUUUAAUAAUAGUAUACAAGGUAUUGCCAGUCCAUCGCAGCAGCCACCAGCUCAUCAACCGUUGGUCAAGCCACCUUUCAAACCAUCCCCAUCACCAGGCCAGCCACAAUCAUCAUUUAGCAAGCCACCUCCAUCGUCUUCAUCCUCCACCACUGGCACAUCACAUCAUCAUCCACAGCAUCAUCAUACAGGAGGCGCAACAACUCAUAUACCACCACAACACUCGGCCGCUGUACCCAUACCAAUAGCCAAGCCACUACCCAAUCCAACACCCGUACUAAAGUUGAGCAACAGCACGGGAUCAAUCACACAUCUGCCACCAUCAGCAGGCGGCCCGCCAAAGCCAACGACACCACUCCCACCCAAGCCAUCCCCGUCGUCAUUCCAACCAUCAUCGCCACCCAUCAGCGGAGUCAGCAACAACAGCAGCAGCGUCAACAACACAAGCAGCAACAAUAUGAAUAUGAGCAACACAAGUAAUGGUAGCAGCAACAGCAGCAGCAACAACAGUACACCAAUAAUGACUGGAAGCAGCAGUGCGGCCAAAGCACACUUUGAGAGCAUUGCUCUACAACACAGCAACAGCACUGUUGGCCGAGACGAUGAGAUGUCGCCCGAUUUGGACCGCGACUCACACGGCUCGGACGAGAAGCGCUCAAUCUUCAAGAAGUUCCCUCAUCAAUGGGCCAUCGGCAAGCUGGAGAAGGAGUUCAGCGCCAAGGACCCCGUGAAGAAAGAGGAGAAGGAGCGUGAGAAGAAGGAGGAGAAGGAGCGCAAGGAGCGAGAGAAGGUCGAGAAGAAGGAGCGCAAGGAGCGCGAAAAGAAGGAGAAGGAGCAGAAGGACAAAGAGAAGGACAAGGAGAAGGAGCUGAAGGAUCGCAUCCUGCCAAAGUCCACACCCUCCAUCUCGUCCAAGCUCAAGACGUCGCCGAUCCGCAGCGACGACCAGCCCUCGUCCUCACCCACUCUCAGCGGCACGGGCGUCUCGGGCGGCAGCCACAUCGGAUCGUUCAACUCUUCGUUCCACGCGUCAGCCAUCAGCGGCGCCGACUCAUCGCUGUCGUCUGGCUCGGCCCAGAGCAUUGGCGACGGAUCGUUGCGCGGUGCCACACAGCUGGACACCAGCCGCGGUCUGAUGACCUGGGGCUCGGGAUCCAACUGCAAGCUAGGCUACAGGAGCGAGAAGGACAGCCAGUACGUGCCUGAGCGUUUGCCCAACUUCAACAUCCCCGACAUUGUCUCCAUCUCCUGUGGCAGCUACUACUCUGCCCUCUUGACCGAGAAUGGCGACGUCUACAUGUGGGGUCGUGGCGCAGUCAAGAAUCCACCAAUCGCCACGCUUGGAAAUGGAUCAUUCGAGGAUCAACUUGUACCACAAAAGGUUGAGGGACUCUCUGAAGUCGUUGUAAUAUCAAUUGGAUUCUAUCACUCUGCAGCACUGCGCUCCAAUGGAGAGCUGUUGACAUGGGGAUGUGGUGAGGAUGGACAGCUCGGACAUGGCGACAACCUCAACCAAACAACACCCAGAGUCAUCCAAUCAAUGACCUCACACUGGGUCACCCAAGUGUCAUGUGGAGAGAAGCAUACCAUCUGUCUAACAAAGAAUGGAAAGGUAUUCACAUGGGGAUCAAGCGAGUAUGGACAGCUGGGACUGGGAGACACACAUAGGAACUGUCAGCCAAUGUUGGUGACGACUUUGGACAAGUAUCACAUCAUUCAGAUCGCUUGUGGAUCCAGCCACAAUGCAGUGUUGACGAACCAUCGCGAGGUUUUGGUGUUUGGUAACGGUGCCUCACUGGGUACCGCCAACAUCAUAUCGAUUCCAACGGCAGUGCCCCUGCUAAAGAAUAUGAACAUCGAGCGUCUUAGCUGCGGCCAUUACUCGACCGCCGCGUUGACAGAGUGCGGUGAUGUCUACACAUGGGGCUCAGGCCAGGAGCUUGGCCACGGCCACAACGGCAGUGAGUCACAUCCAAAGCUUGUCGAGGCGUUGCGAUCCCAAUCAAUCAGACAGAUCAGCUGUGGUGGCCGCCACAUGGCCUUUUUGACCGACAGCGGCCGCGUCUACACCUCGGGCAAAGACUCGUUCGGACAGCUGGGCCACUCGGCUGGCGAUCAGAACCGACCAAAGAGGAUUGAGUCGCUGUUGGGCAAGUUCAUCUCGAUCAGCUGUGGUGAGAACCACAACGCCGCGCUCUACGACACUACUCGCUCAUUCCGCGACAAGUUCUGCUGGAAGCUGCUCGAGUGCCAGCGUACGUACGUCCGCUCGCUCAGCAUCGUUCGCUCAAUCUACACCAACCCUCUGAUCAUUCGUGAUCGCGAGCAGCUGCCAGAGUACCUCCGCCACCUGCCCUACAUCUUCCUCUCAGAGGAGGAGAUCAAGACCAUCUUUGGACCAUUCGACCGCGUCUACUCCACCAACUCCAGUCUGCUGCAUCAGAUGAACAAUCGUCUAAACACAUGGUCGAGCAACAAGAGAAAGAUUGGCGACAUCAUGCUGAACUUCUUCAAACAGUCCGAAGCCGUGUUCAAUCAGUACAUGGACCAUAUGCCAGCCGCCAUUCACAUGCUCGACAACAUGCUCAAGAAGGCCGGCUCGCCAGUAUGCAACUACCUGAAGGAGUGCGAGCGUCUGGCGCAAGACCGCCGCAAGCAGGAGACCGACGAGGACAACAAGGACUUUAGUCUGCGCGCCCUGCUGCUCGAGCCAUUGAACGUGAUUUCGCGCUACCAAAAGAACAUCUCGGGCAUGGUCAAGUCGACCAAGCCAAGCCACAUCGACUACCAGGGUCUGGCCGAUCUGGAGAAGAUCGUCGACGAGCGCCAGUCCAAGGUGAACAACCUGUUCAACAUGCUCAACUCGCCCACGAUGCUGGCCAACUACAUUGCCAGCCAGGCCAACAUCGCCACGAGUGACAGCGCCGAGUCGCCCUCGUCGUUCCUGCGCGAGUACGAUAUCAAGAUCGAGUCGCUGCAGAACUUCAAGAAGACCUGUCUCAAGCUGAUCAAGUCCAGCAAGAAGUACUUUGAGGUCGAGCAAGAGGCGUUCCGCGAGCAGGGCGUCUUCUGCGAGAACCUGAUGCUGGCCAAGUCCAGUCUGGACAGUCUGGUCGAGCCCAAUCUGGCCGGAUCCCUGGACCACUAUUCACAAUCCAUCAAGAAGAUCGGCUACCUGCGUACUGAGCUGUCGACACGCACUAACUCUGCGUUCUCAUCGCCGCUGUCCACAGUGGCCGACGAGCUGGACCAGUUCAUCCCACUGAUCAUAGAGAUGCGCAAGCGUGUGUUUGACUCGCACACCGAGUACGAGAACGCCGUGAGCAAGCUGUACUCGCUGGCCAAGAACGCGCAGCCCAACGACAAGAAGAUUGUGGAGGUUGAGCGCGAUGUCAGCAACCACAAGAAGGCACUCGACAAGACUGUGUUUGAGUUUGACGCCAUCUUCAAGGAGGGCAUUCAUAUCGAGCAGCGCUCUCUGAAGCUGUUCUACGCCUGCAUGAAGGCGCAGCAAGAGUACUUUGAGCGUGGUCUACAGCGCUUCCAGUCGAUGAAGCCAUCGUUCGACGCAUUGGACAGCCACUUCCGUAAGCAGAGUCGUACAGCCUGGUCCAAAGCCAUCUACGAUACCCUGGUGCAGACUUUCUCCGAGGGCAAGGGCAACACCGUGUCCGCUGCCAAGAUGGAGCUGUCGACACCAUCAGUGGUCGAGGUAUCGCACUCACCACAAGGCUCGUUCCUCGAGGACGGCGCGCACAGCUCCACUCCCACCAAGGGCACGAUCGACCCACAUGCCAUCAUGGCCGAGCUCGAGUCGACAGACUGGAGCUUCGUGCUGGAUCCACCCACAGCCAACGAGUUCACCGAGACCUUUGUUGAGGACCAGUACAACCAGCUGGUCAGCAUCCUGGCGUCGCCCUCGCUGCAGGUCGUACAGUGCGUCGUGUCGCCAUGCACCCAAGAGGAGCAGGUGCGCACCAUCGAGUCCAUCUCCAAGAUCUUUGACAGUUUCAACAAGAUUCGUCCAAUCAUUCACACAGGCAUUGAAGCCGAGGUCAACUCGACUGCCAACUCCUCCACGCUGUUCCGUUCCAACUCUACGGCCACCAAGCUGAUGACUGCAUUCACCAAGAUGAAGGGUAUGCCCUACCUGGUCAAGGUGAUCACGCCACUGGUGCGCGAGGUCGUCGACAACCCCAACGGCUACGAGGUCGACCCGUCCAAGAUCAACGAAGGUACCGAGGAGCUGAUGACCAACAUGAUGAACCUGAUACAAAUGUCCGAGAAGUUCACCGACGCGAUCAUCGACUCGCUGCACCUGCUGCCGAUCUCACUGCGCGAGAUAUCCAAGUACCUGCAACGCGAAGUCGUUCGCCGCUUCCCCGACAACAAGCACUCGAGCGUUGGCGGUUUCAUCUUCCUGAGAUUCCUGUGUCCAGCCAUCAUUGCUCCGUUCACCGCUGGUCUGGUCGAUGAGACCCUCGGACCAGAGGCCACACGUGCCCUCGUUCUCAUUGGCAAGGUGCUCCAGAACUUGGCCAAUGGCAUUGAGUUUGGCCAGAAGGAGUCGUUCAUGAUCCCCGUCAACAGAUUCAUUAUUGGCAACCUCGGUCGCAUCAAUGAGUACUUUGAUCGUCUCACAGAUGUGCCCGACUACAAGGGCGACUACGUGCCCAUCUCCUCAAUGGACGAAGUGCAGAAGGACAUCAGAAACAUACAUCUACUCAUCGUCAAGAACCUCUCCAAGGUCACCAAGCAGUUGGCACUUUACAAACAAAAGGACAUCAUUGGUCAACUAUCAAAGACACUAGUCUAUCUUGGAGAUCCACUUGUGUUGUACAAGUAA